AAUUUGAUUCACAAGCGAAGACGGACUUUUACAAUAACGACACACACAGGAUUUCUUCAUAGAGAAACGAAUAUUUAGUGCUUAAUGGCAGUUCCGUACAAUAAUUCAGUUCAGUUCGAAACUGUUUUCAUUUCGUAGAAGCCAAUCCGAAUUAAACACUUUACUCUCGGUGUACUAUGUUUAAGAGGAUGGCUGAAUUUGGUCCAGAUUCGGGGGGACGUGUGAAGGGAGUGACUAUCGUGAAACCUAUCGUGUUUGGAAACGUUGCACGAUAUUUUGGCAAGAAAAGAGAAGACGAUGGUCACACUCAUCAGUGGACAGUUUAUGUGAAGCCUUACAGAAAUGAGGAUAUGUCUGCUUAUGUAAAAAAAAUACAGUUCAAACUGCAUGAAAGUUACGGGAACCCUUUAAGAGUGGUUACGAAGCCUCCGUAUGAGAUUACAGAGACUGGAUGGGGAGAGUUUGAGAUUAUCAUAAAGAUCUUCUUCAUCGAUCCAAACGAGAGACCGGUCACGCUGUAUCAUCUGCUGAAGCUCUUCCAGUCCGACUCCAGCGCCAUGCCGAAGAAGACCGUCGUGUCCGAGUUCUACGACGAGAUGAUAUUUCAAGACCCUACAGCCAUGAUGCAACAGCUCCUGAACACCACCAGACAGCUGACGUUAGGUGCCUACAAACACGAGACCGAGUUUGCAGAGCUGGAGUUACGGACACGAGAAAAACUGGAAGCGGCGAAGAAGAAGACGAGCCUGGAGAUCACAGAGCUGAAGGAGCGACUGAAAGCCUCCAGAGAAAACAUCAACUUCCUGAAGGGAGAGAUCCGCAGACUGGAGGAGGAGGACCAGAUGAAGGAUCACUGAGGACGGGACGGGGAACACGAAUACGGCACCGGUGUGAUUUAGUGGGAAUGAUGAGUUCAGGUUUCUGGUUGUAAUUUCAGUAGUGAACUACUAUCUGUGUUCAGUUUUAAAGUCUCGAUCGAGACUGCAAAAUGUGUGGAAAUACAUGAUGUCCCUUUGAACCUUUGUAGUUCUCACACAGACUUUUUUUUGUAUGAAUAAACCUUUUUUUAUAUAUA